UGUGUGUGUGUGUAUGUAUGUGUGUGUGUGGAUGGUGGACUGUUCCCGGUGAAAAACACCGAUCUCCGGCCGCAUGAAAAAUGCCCCACCGCCGCGUGUAGAAGGGUGAAGAUCGAGGAGGAGGAGGAGGAGAGAGAGAGAGAGCAGGAUCUCUAAAAAAAAGGGUUUUUUUUUUUUUUUUUAGAGGAUAAAAUAAACAGCAGGAUGUUGCAAGUUUUAGCUUGUGGCGCCGUAGUUUUCCCCGGUCUGUUCUUCGCCUUCAGGAGAUUCCUGCCGUGUGUGUUCAAACACUGGAGCGAUGCCGACGUGGUGCUGGUCAGCGAGAGGCUGGUGUCCUCCAUCCAUGCUGUCAUGGCAACCACAGCGGGAGUCAUUGUUGUGUCGUCAUGCCGAGGCAACGUCAUCAGUGACAGGCACUGGCUAGCAACCUACUUUGUCAUCUGGUACGGCGUGCCCUACAUGACAUACGACAUCUUCGCCAUGUACCUCAGCCACUACCACCGCUUCCGCGUCAAAGGGCACGAGGAGUACAAGCAGCAUUCACUGAAGACCGUGAACUCCUUCGUCCGCAGAGAGUUCCUGCUGGUGUUGCAUCACAUCGCCCUGCUCACUAUCCUGCUGCCUGUCACACUGUUCUUCAGAAGGGACCAGGGGGAUUUCUUCAUCGGCUGCUUGUUUCUAACGGAGCUCAGCACACCCUUCGUCUCCCUGGGGAAGAUACUUAUUCAGCUCAGCCUCCAGGACCUCUGGCUGCACAAGCUCAACGGUGGUAUGGUACUACUCACCUUCUUUUUUUGCCGCAUCGCCCUCUUCCCCUACAUGUACUGGAUGUACGGCCAACACUACAGCAUCCCGCUCUACAGCGUGCCCUUCCACCUGCCGCUGUCCGCCAACCUAGGCAACUCGUGCAUCCUGGCGCCGCAGGUCUACUGGUUCGUUCUGCUUUGCCGAAAGGGCUGGCGCCUGUACCGGCGUAGCCGUAGGCCAGACUCGUCACCCGCGGCCGCCGUCAUUGACAAUUCAAAGGACGAUUGAUAUCCAGUUCACGAAUGCUCGCUCAAGCCGCACACUCAGCUACUAACGCAACUACUUCUGCAAAGGCACUAGAUUGACUUAACACAUUUCAAACCCCACCAUUGUACUGUAGUACACCAGGACUGCCAGCACUCCUUGGCAUUUUCCGCACACUUUUAACUCCUCGGUUAUAAAUCUGCUGCCUAACAAGUGGACCUCUCCACCAAUCCAACUCUACUACUGAAGUUUGAUGAUUUAGGUUUUUAUUGGGUUUGGCUCUUGCCUGGAACUUGUUGGAGUGCUACACCGCAUCUGAAGAAAGAGUGAAAACGUGGAGUAAAAGCACCAGAAACUGAGGAGGCGCUUCCAUGGAAAGAAAUAAUCUUUAUCUGUAACUCCUACUGUGUUUACAGCCUCUGCUGAUCUGGACGGUCUGUUACAGCGUGUGUGAGUAGCUGUUACGACAGAUUGUAUUUAUUUUGAUGGUUUUGCGUUUUCACUCCCAUUCAUUCACUUAUCACGUAGAUAUGAAGGGUUCGAGGAUGCAAAAUCAGGCAGUAUUAGAAGGAAAAAAAUGUGAGGAACAUGUGUGACCUCAUUGACAUCUGAGAGCUAAUUUAUAUAUAUAUAUAUAUAUAUUUUUUGCAAUAGCUACCUUUUGUUUAUAACCCCGUCAAUGUGAUAGGUUGACUUUUCACCCCUGUUGGUUUUUUUGUGGUUUCCCAUACAGCAUGUCACCAUGGCAUCAGUUUGCAGCAGCAAUCCUACCUUCCUCACUGUAUCAUCCAGCACAGAUAUUUCCAGUAGCCGUCCCCUUCAAUAAGAGUUUUGUAUAUAUAGUGUAUCCCGCAGAAUUAUUGCUAAAUCUUCCUACUUCCAAAGCUUCCUACUUGGAAUUUUUGAUUUUAUUUUGUUUGUUUACUGCCGGUUGAACGUUGUCAGGAAUUGGUAAUAACCUCCAAUGUUAACAAACUCAUGCUUCAUUCCCAUAAAACCAAGAUUUCCAUCACAUAAGUCACUUUCAUGGUUGCACGUCUUGGAAGUCAAGAAACAAGUACAUGCUAGAUUUUUUUUUUUUUUUUUUUUUUUUGCAAAGUUUGCUUUCCUGUGACAUGACAACACGGCAAAAAAUACAGACUAGAUUGCUUACAAUGCCUGAAUAAUGAUGUAAAGCCAAUAUUAGGUAAGAAAUUGCCCUCUGUUAGAGAACAUAAUACAUUCGGACUCAUUCAGAUUCAAAUUUCUGCUGCGUUAGGUCGGUAUCAUUUUUAUAGGAAAGAGGGCAAGUUUAUUUUUUGCUACUGAGAGACUCAUCUUCUGAAUCCAAAUCUCUUGUUAGAUGACACUGUAGUAUUGCAGCUGCCACAGAAAUUUGCCAUGCUGACAGCUAGAGCUGACGCGGAGCAGCUUGUGACGCCGCAGUCACCGAGGGUCACUCGUGGUCAAAUGUCCAGUCGAAAGUCAGUCAGAUCUGCCUGUCAGAGGGGGUGAUGAGGACUAAUUUAGGUUUCACUUUUAGGUCAGAUGGUGCCUGGUUGACCUCAGGGCCGAGGUUAGAGCAAUAACUUAUGCUAAGGAGUGAAAUUUUGCAGCAAUGAACCACAAAAAAAUCAAGUAAAUCAGUAAAAGUAUCUUAAAAACGACGACAUCCAGUUACUUUUCCUAUAGAGGCUCCGGAGAUUUGUAGGCACUAAUGUUAUGAAGUGUUGCAUUGACUACUUUACACACACUAUCAAGUUUUUAGAGAUUUUAGUUUCAUCACACACACACACACACACACAAAAAAAAGAUUUAAAACCAUAUCUAGACCGAUAUCCAGAGACGUUGCUAGACUUGAGUGGACCAUUUUUAUCAUGCGAAGCUAUUUUUAAUUUGUGUUGGAGCCACAGGUGCAGAAAGACAUUUAUCUUAGAGGCAUUUAUGAGAGAAAAAUCAAUGUCACCUGCUUUUACUUUUGAAUACAAUUAAGCAGAAGCUGUUAUGUUCAAUAACAAAUGCUGCAGGGUUAGUUUCACACAUACAUCCUAGACCCUUGUAUAAUAUUGUUGGUCAUAUAAGCUUUAUAGUGAACUAACUGAUUCAGAAUGCAUUAACGGGCUUUUUCAAUGUCCUGCAAAUUUAAUCUAUGCAAAAGGGGCUGCCGUGCAUGUAUACAAGACUGAAGACAAGUCAUAUCUAAUUGAUCCAGGCCUCAGUACGUUGCGUUGUUUCUGAAUGUUUUUUUUUUUUGGGGACCCUACAUUUAUUUCUACUGUACAUUUCUACUGGGACUCCACACCACAACUCCACCACAAGUCUCGUGUUGCAUUCCAGUCGAAUAGGGAGUUGAAAAUUGUUUGCUUUGUCUUUCAAAUUUACCUCACAGGUGUUUUGAUUCAUUCAAAUUUUUAAGUAGAGCUGAAAGAAAAGAAGGAAGGAAAAAAAAAAAAAAAAACAGGUGUAUGUUGAUCAUUAUUUACAAUCUGUGUGAAGGAUUUCAGCGUCAUACUCGUUUACAACAGCAGCUCGGUUGACAAAUCUGAGUUUCCCCCGAAAAAGGGCUCUCACCUUUUUAAAAAAAACUCAAUUUUAAAUGCAUGCUCACAUAGCCUCAGUAACCUGCAGAUGUUUGUUGCUGUUGCAGUUUUUAACAGGCAGCAAACAGCCCUAAAUUUUAUCUACCAAUUUUUGGGUCUUUUGGUUUUGAAGUCUAAAAUGUGCACAUCAUUCAGCACAGUGAAGUAGUUUCCUCUAUUGUAGAACAAUUUUACUCAUAGGAUUAAAGUGAUGAUUCAUUUCACGAAUGUGUGGUGCUCAUACAUUGUGAAUUUCAAAAUUGACACAAACUAUUAUGGAUUAAACAGUUUUAAAAAAAAAUUCCAAAAGUGACAGUCUUUUAAUUUUCUUGAAGGAAGUAAAGGUUUCAACUUUCUGGCAUAUAUGACACCAUCGACACUGCUUCAAAUGCCAGUGUCUAAUGUUGCACUGUUGGUUUCGGUAGUGUCAUCGUGUCCCGUGUAGGAAUCUUACAUUCUGCACCCAUGAAUGGCAAACAAAUUGGUAUCCAGCAUCUACUGGGAACAUUGGUGUAGGGAAAAGGUGAUGAGUCAUCUUGCUGGUUGCCUGCCUGACCAGCAACGUGAGGACGAGGGAGUAAGGAGAGCCGAGCUGCUGAAUGAUGGGGUUUGUUUGUCUGGCUUGGCUGGAGACCAGGAGAGUGCAGGGCUCUUUUGUCCGUGGCUCACCACCAGGCCACUGUUACUGGAAACAUCCCAGGCUUUUUUUUUUUUUUUUUUGUUCUGCUUUCUGUCUUUUCUUUCAGCUGAGCUCACUCUCACUCUUUUUUUUUCUGCUUUCAUGUCCAGCCUUGGCCUCUUGCAUCCACAUGUCUGCAGGGAUAAAUGAAAUGAUGGUUAUCUCUGUGACCUGCAGCAGUCACCAGUUCUCUUGGCUGAUGUGGUCUGCAAUGAUAGAAAGUUGCUCAGAGUUAGCAGAGCUGAGUAAGCCUCCCUGCCUCUUCCUCCUCCUCCUCCCCCUCCUCUUCCUCCUCCUCUCUGCUGCCAUCUGUUGUCCGGAUUAUCUGCUUGUACACUCAGCAGUUUAUAGGUAGAAUUAAUGGGGCUAGGCAGGCAUUUCCUAUUGAUACUGUGCAUGUCUUUUUUUAUGUAGUUUGCCACCUUGAGAUAAAAUGAUCUCAGUUUUAAGCCUCCAUGACCUCACCCCUCACUAAAUACACCGAAACAACUGACAUAAGGGUCUGUAUUAAUGCUUUGGGAUUGGUGGUACUGAUUCGAUGAAUCGGCAUUGUUAAAUUUGAUCAUUUUAACUCCUGAAGUAGUUUGAUAGAAAUGUAUUCUUGUUUCAAAUUGGGAAACAGCAUGUAUGCCAUGAUGCGAUAAUCCUUUUUUUUGAGGAGUAGUAGUAGUUCCUGACCCUAAAAUGAAGCCUGUCAUGAUAAUUUGAGCUUGACUUCCCGUAAAACUGCUUCAUAGCUUUUGAAGAAGUCAGUGAGUCACUUAAUUUGGCAGGUCCAUUUGAUGGACAGUUUGGGAAAAACCGUCCAAUAGAGGGAAUAUAAUCGGAGGCUCACUGCGUUGGAUCCAUAAGAUUUUAACAGCAGUCCAUAGACGUUGCUCUAAAAUCAUCAUUAAAACAGAAAUAACAACAUUCCACCUUUUUUUUUUUCUCUGAAUUUAUUCAUCACAAGUUCACUUUUUUUUGUUAGUUUUACCUUUCUUUUCAUCUCAGCCUUCUGGAAAUUAAGAAAGCUAAAUUAUAUACUCAUUAGUUUGUAUGUCCAAAAUUCAAAUGUAACUUCUUGUACUUCAUAUCAGUCCUAGAGACACUGACUAUCCAAUGCCUGAUUUUAAAAACACACUCAUAUCCGAUAAAUUGGUAUAACCUGAAAUCAGCCCAGAUUGACUAUAGAGUUUGGUUCUUGUGAGGUUCAUAACCAAUUAAGGGACGGCAAACCACAUUAUUUCCACCGCUAGGAAUCUGAAUCACUGCCACAUAUAACAUCUGAUCCCUAAACCUUGCAGAUCCCUCAGUAAAGACAUAUGAAAAAGGCUCAAAGCAUGCAGACUGCACAUAUGUUAACAGGUAUAUUUGUCACGUGAUAGAUUCUUAAUGUAGGAAGUCUUAUCCUCUUUGCUCAGGGUUUGAUGAAAUAUGAUAAAAUUGCUAACACAUGUAUGUAUAAUGUAGAGGUUUAUUCUAAGAUGAUGAAACUGUGAGGUUAUGAGAGUUAUUCUGAACAUGAUCACAUCUAGAAUGGUAUGCUGUUUUCUUUUCUAUAUGAUGUUUUUAAAGGUUUUUUUUUUUUUCCCUUAUAGAUUUUUCUAAUAUUUAUGCUUUCUGACAUGGCUUGUGAUACUUAACUUUUAAGGGGUUGGUAAACCAAAGACUGUCAGACACUUAAUCAUAGUAACUAUUGUGAUUAUAUAAAAAAAUAUCCACUUGAUUUUCAGUCUUUUAGACCUGCUGUAGAUUUUUUUGACUUCAUAGCUAAAUGACCCACUUCUCACUUUAAAAAAAAAACACAACUACCCUCCAGUCUUAUCCUCUUUCUCGGGGUCCCAGGAAGUGACCAACUUGGGUUUGUGAUAGGUGUUUUCCUCUGAAGAUAAAUUGGUGGAUGAAAUACAGACUUGCUCGCUGUUUAGUUAAUUCUCCACUAACACACACUCUUAACUUGCAUGUGCUUUUGUUAGUCACUUGACAUUUUGCUCAUGGGUUGUGGAACUACAUAAUGCAUUAUUUUUGGCCACAGUUCCUUCCUAUGCCUUGCCUUAGUAUGUAAGGAUACAAUUUUAUCGUGUGACAGCUGUUGAAUGGGAACAUGGACACCAAAAUUAGCAUGUAUAUACUUACAUUACUACAUGCUAACACUUUAUCUUACACUGUGUGGUUAUAAUAAGCUCCAAGUUAUGUUGAGUGGUAGUUGACUUCAAGCCAUAGAUUGUAUUCAUUUCUAAACAAAUACUAUAUAUUACAGUUUAUGCUUCAAGUCAACGUCUCGUCACAAGCUGUUAUACUUGGCUCCAUGUCAACACUUUGGCAUUUGAGUAAUUUUCCACUCUAUGCUAACACUUCAGCACAUGCUACUAUGUACUGAGUGGUUGUAAUCUAAAUGUGAACACUAUAUGUUGAGAACUUAGCUCCAAGUUAAAGCUUCAUAUAUGUUAAAUGGUAGGCGACUCCAUGCUAACACGCUAGGGCUACGCUAAGUUGAGCAGUAGUCAACUUACUGCUAACAUUAUUUUGAAUGAGAUUUUACUCCAUGAUACCAUAUAAGCUCAUGUUACUAUGAGUUGAGUGGUUGUAAAUUGAAUGCUAACACUAUGUUCAAUAUGUACCUCUGAUUUUCUGCCCAUAGUCAAAGCUAAAUAGGUAUCAGCUUGUAAAAUAAGAUUAUUAUUAUUAUUUUGUUAGCUUUCUAUGACGUCCGAGCCCUCUUAUGUGUCUAAAUACAGCUCUAUGGGAGAUGGAUCUGGUCAGAAAGGCAGAUUAAAGAAAUAAUCAGUGAGAAGAAGCAUUCAGGAACAGAGGAAAUUAAAAAUGGGCCUGUUUGAAGCCAGGAAACAUCUCCCUAUUACACUGUUUUUAGAGGUGUUGUAAAUAGUACAAUAGUCAACAACCAGGCAGACAGCAACAGCUAAUUUUGGUGUCUAUAUGUUCUCACAUGCUAAUUCCUUUGUGAUUUCACAUCCAAAAAUAACCUACAUAUGUCUAGCGUUGCUGUAGCUUUUUGAGGUAUGAAUGAGAAUUAUAUUUGCGUGUUGGGAUUGGUUUUUUCCCUCCCUCCCCCCGUGGCACUUUUUGUGUAAUUUUGCUGCUUCGUAUUCUCACAUAUGCAUUCAGGGUUGGUCCCUUUCCUUGUGGGAUGUGACAGGAUUUGGGCUGGAGUGGGCUGGUGGUGUUUGUAGUGGGUUAAAGAUUAAAUUUAUGCAGUUAGAACGGGUUUUUAAAGAAAUUGUGGCCUAUAAUGCUACGUACAUGCCAUGUUAGAUGUAAAUAUGAGCUGCUGGAUGGACACUAACAUGCUGGGAUCAGACUACACAGUAUCAGCCCAAAAAGUAGAUUGUGGAAUAAAAAUGAGCAUAAAUGAUGAUAUAUGCUCCAUAUCAAGAUCUAAUCUGACCCAAUAACCAUCUCGAAAAGGCAAAAAUACUGCAUAGUCUGAUCUUGGCAUUAGUUCUUAUUACAAAUGGAACGUGUAAGCUAAUUUUUUAUCAAUGGUUUGUUAACACUUAAUUGGCAAUAGUUGCAAAAUGGAUAGAAAUUCAGAGAUCAGUAGUAAAAAAUAAUACAAAUUUUCAGUUAUAAUGACACAUAUAUAUAUAUACAAACACAGCUCUACUGACGACAUCUAAAGUGACAUCGGCUUCACUUUUUUUUUUUUUUCAUUAUGUAUUUUAAAUUUAUUAAUAAAUAUAAUUACGAGUGGGGUGUUCUAUUGAUUUUAAACAUCGAUAUUCUGUUAGAUUUCCUCUGAUAUGAUGUGAAUGCGCCAUUAGACUGAUGGAAAAUGCACAAACAUGACUGAAACAUUUUAGCGUUCAUCUUUUCUUUCUUUUACGGAUGAGCUUUCGCUGCAUUAACUGUAUUGCUGGGACUGAUUUUGAUCUGUGGACAGUGAACCAAAUUUGGUCUCCGGUGCCUUGUGAAAAAAUCUAUUUGUGAUACCCACAAAAACUGAGUGUGAAGGAACUAAGCUGGCAGGCAGUGUUUACAGGUUGUGGCUGUAUUUAUCAUGUUUAUCACUGUAUCAUCCGAAUCAUUAUUUAUAUUUUAACAGGUUGAAACUGUUUUGAAACGAAUCGCUAUACAUUUACAGCGAGAAUGAGAAUGAAACCUGUGAUCCCUUUUGAAAUUAUUAGGAAGUUUAAGGCCUUUAUGUUAUUAUUAUUUUGUAGUAUUUCAUAUUUUGUAGCAUUUUAAAUCCCAUAAUUUAGGUUUUGUUUUUUGUUGUUUUUUUUGUUUUGUUUUUUUAAAUGGAUGCACAUCAUUUGAGGUUGAUACCCUUUAAAUCACAGAUAUAUCGUAGUCUUGACUUUGUUUGCUGUGUUUCUGUGUUUGUUUUUAGACCUGUCAUCUGUCAGUUUAGUCGAUGUGUAUGUUUUGGAGAUUUGAAUCUUGACCUGCUGUCCAUAUCACUCACCGUUCCGCCAUAUGGGUGUUACUGACUUAAAUGCAGCACCUUCACAACCUUUAACACUUCCUGCCCCACAUUAUUUUUGAUAGCAUUCUAAUUUUUCAUACAUACAUAUAUAUAUAUACAUAUAUAUAUGUAUAUAUGUAUAUAUAAUAUAUCAGAUUUGAUGCAUCUGUCCUUUUUUGUAGCGUGACCCUUUUUUUGAGGAAAUUUCCUAUCUGAGAAGAGACUGGACUGUUUUAUGAAGAAAAAAAACUUAAAACUAUUGAUGUAAGAGGAGUUAUGUACUGUAGCUGCAACUUGUGAAUUCAGAGCACCCCUUUAAAAUUCAAUAAACUUGAUUUGAUAGACUGUUUUGAACAAGUCUCAGUUUUAUUUUCCAUGUUUUGUUAUAUGUGUCUCUGUUUUCAUGCAGAAUUUAUUUUAAAGACCCUGAAAAUCGGCCCAUUUUUCUUUAAUAUUAAAUACGCAUGGCUAAAUAGGAAACAAUCCAAGUAAAAUAAACGUAUUUUAUUAUUAUUAUUUGUCAAAAGUUUAACACUCAAAAAAAGAGCAAUGACAAAACAACCCACCAAUCUAAAGUCAGAUUCAUUGUUCAAUCAAAGACAAAGAGCAAACACAUUUUCAGGGCCUUUAAAUUUGUUUUACAUUUCCACUUUUUUUUUUUUUUUUUUACAUAAAAGGACAUCAUUAGCCUGAAAAUUAGACUGACAAUCCAUUUUUUUCACUUCAUUCAUUCAGCCUGAUUGUGUUCAUGUUAGCCGAUUUCUGCUCAGAAAGGUAUUUUAUUGUGUUUUGCCUUAUAACCAAUACAUAUAAAGUGACUUAUCCAUUUACCAAUGUCAUUUUCAGUCAAUGCGGGGGCUGCAGCUGUAGUUUUUAGGACAAUUGAAGAAAUAUGUUGAUUUAAGAGUGUUUUGUUUUUGUUUUUUUUCUUUAGAAAAGUCGUCUCACACCAACCUUUACAAAUGUGUCGAUUGUCAUUUCUGUUGCCAUUUCUCUGUUGGCUAUGUGACUAUGUAGCUAUUACAGAAGACAACGUCCCUAUUUUUAAUCCCACAAAGGUGUGAUUUGCUGAUUGUUUCUCCAAAUGGUUGAAACAGUCCUCAAUGAUCACAACAUCAGAUAUAUUGGGAGAUGCAGACAGCAAUUUAGAGGAAGAAAUCUUUUUUUUUGUUUUGUUUGUUUCAUUUUGUUUCCCACCAAAAAAAAAAGAAAAGAUGACAAUAAUGUUAAAAAAUAUUGUCAAUAAGGUUUGUAUGAAUUAAAUGAUGUAGUCCCCAUUAUUAGUUAGCAAGUCAAGCCAAGAAUAUUUAUGAAAAAGUGGUCAUGAUCUAUUUCUAUGUGCAUGCCACGCAGCAAAAUACCAUGGCAUGCCCCAAUCUAAAUUUAAAUAGCUCUAGUGUUUUUAUAUCCAUCCACUUGUGCAGUGUGGAAGCAAACAACUAGACCAGUAAGACAAUAAUAAACAGCAUAUGUGGUUUUACAAGGUGUUAAAAAGUGUGUAUUUUUAAAGGCAAAGACGUUUAAAUGGCCAUCAUGAAAGAAUUUGAGGAAACGGAAAAAUAAGCCUUGAGUCCACUGUUAUCAUCUCUGUGUGUGCUUUAAAUUAAAGUAAAUUACAUUA